CUCGCUCCCGCCCUCAGCUCGCUCUGUUCAGUGGCAGCCGUCCAUUUCCUCUCUGCUCCACCGCAGGCAGUCGAGUCCUUCCAGCUCACACAGACAUGGCUGACCAACUAACAGAAGAGCAGAUUGCCGAAUUCAAGGAGGCCUUCUCCCUGUUCGAUAAAGAYGGAGAUGGUACCAUCACCACCAAGGAGCUGGGCACCGUCAUGAGGUCACUGGGUCAGAACCCGACCGAAGCUGAACUCCAGGACAUGAUCAACGAGGUGGAUGCCGAUGGCAACGGAACCAUCGACUUCCCCGAGUUCUUGACGAUGAUGGCGAGGAAGAUGAAGGACACGGACAGCGAGGAGGAGAUCAGGGAGGCCUUCAGAGUCUUUGAUAAGGACGGUAACGGAUACAUCAGCGCAGCCGAGCUGCGUCACGUGAUGACAAACCUGGGCGAGAAGCUGACGGACGAAGAAGUAGACGAGAUGAUCAGGGAAGCAGACAUCGACGGAGACGGACAGGUCAACUACGAAGAGUUUGUUCAGAUGAUGACCGCCAAAUGAACUGAGCUCACAGCAAAUCAGUCAAAUGUUUCACUUACCUCUUAUUGCAAAAAUCUACAUUUAUUCAUGCUGUUCUGUAUAGACAAUUUAAACUGAAUGUUGGAAAACUGAAAAUUUGUCCAUAUUAACAAGCUCAAAAAAGGUAAAAGACGAAAAAAAAAGAGUUAAUCUGCAUGUUCUGGCUUGUAUUCCCUCCCUCCCUCCGGCGCCAAGCCGCCCAAUCAGAUCUCAGCUUGUUAGACGAGCUGCACCUGCGCAGACGUCUGACGCGUGCUCUUCUGGUUCCAUCUGCCUGACGUCACGAUGAUCACUUGGGCCGGUCAGCUGCCUCUUUCUUCUCUGACUUUGUUUAAUUUCCCCCCUGUUCUCCAUGCAUGCAAACGUUAGAGUUUCUGUUGAGAUCCCAGUGACAGAAAGUAGUUUUUGUUUUUUUGGGGGGAGGUGGGGGGACGGUUCRGCCUACAGACUUGGAAAGGGGCGGGAUGUUUGCUCACAAAGUUGGCGACAAUGGGUGGGUUUUUUUUUUUUGUUUGUUUGUUUUUAGAAAGACGAUAAAAAAAAACGAAAUAAAGAAUUUUGGAUUAUUAUUAUUUUUUGGCAUGUCAGGUUAAUCACUUUAAACCUUUGUGUGUUUACCUUUUUUGAGGGUGAGGAGCCCCUUCGGCAGCAGUUACGUCUUAGACAAUUGGACGGUCUGGGUGGGCUUUAAAGAUGAUUAUAUACAGGUACAGUUUGAGGCAAUAUCAGUAUCGACACACCCACGCACCUACCAGUACACGUGUUAAUUUAGGCUUUUACAAACUAUUUAAAAAAGAUAAAAUCAAACCUCUAAAUCCUGCCCAGUAUAUUGCCUCGAAGGCUGUGCAUGUAUGACUCCACGGGGGUGUGUGAUUCAGGUUUAAGGGAGGACGGGCUCGGAGCUUUGCAGCAUUUCUACCUUGUGUUUUGUGUGUGAGUUUGGCUGUGUGUGUGUGUGUGUGUGGGUGCAGCGAGGCCCGGCCCGGUCCAGUUCAGGCUGUUCUCGUUCGGUUGAUCUGCAUUCCAAGUUGUACAUGCUUGUCUUUACAUUUUGUUUUUCCAAUAAAAUGUCAUGUACUAAAGA